AUGGGAAAUGUAGCUUCAAGAUUUGCAUUUUACCCUCCAACCCCACCAACGUAUAAAGUGUUAGAGGAGAAGGAUGGGAUGAAGCUCAUAUUCUCGCCGCUUCCCAAAGAGAAGAAUGUGGAAGUGCAUCGUCUAGAUACGAAGAGUGGGAACAAGAUCAUUGCUAUAUUUUGGAAACACCCUUUUGCCAGGUUUACAUUCCUAUACUCGCAUGGCAAUGCCGCUGACUUGGGUCAGAUGAUCGACCUUUUCAUGUACCUUAGAGCUCAACUUCGCGUUAAUAUUAUGAGUUAUGACUACUCAGGAUAUGGUGCUUCUACAGGUAAGCCAACCGAGUUGAACACAUACUAUGACGUAGAAGCAGUGUAUGAUUGUUUGAAGAGUCAAUAUGGGAUUAAGGAAGAAGAACUAAUUUUGUAUGGUCAAUCAGUUGGAAGUGGUCCCACAGUACACUUGGCUUCUAAGUUAGUAAACUUGAGAGCUGUUGUUAUCCACAGUGGCAUCCUCUCAGGGAUAAGGGUCUUAUACCCUAUCAAGAUGACAUUUUGGUUUGACAUAUUCAAAAAUAUAGACAAAAUAAAGCAUGUCAACAGCCCAGUGUUAGUUCUGCAUGGAACUAGUGAUGAAGUCGUUGAUUGCACCCAUGGAAAGCAAUUAUGGGAAAAUUGUAAGGAAAAAUAUGAACCUUUGUGGGUUAAGGGUGGGGGACAUUGUGACCUUGAAGCUUAUCCCGAAUACCUCAAGCACAUGCGCAAGUUUCUAAAUGCCAUGGAGAAGCCCACUACCAAAGGGGAGACAAACGAACAACUUACCCAAAAUCCUAGUGAUAAUCAACCUAAACGAAACAAAUGUUUAGGAUUUGGUUAA